AUGGUCCUCACCAAAGAAAAUGCCAUGAUUGGCAUCAUUGGUUUGGGAGACAUGGGCAAGAUGUAUGCCCAGCGGCUCAGUCUCGCAGGGUGGAGGGUAAAUGCAUGUGAUCUGCCUCAGAAUUAUGAACGCCUAAAGGAGGAGUUUGCUUCUCAACAAGGUGUCACUAUACUCCCGAAUGGACACCUGGUUUCAAGAAUUAGCGAUUAUAUUAUAUACAGUGUAGAGGCUGCUGUCAUCGACAGGGUAGUUGCACAGUAUGGGCCAUCAACCAAGGUCGGUGCGAUUGUCGGCGGCCAGACAUCCUGCAAGGCGCCUGAAUUAGCUGCCUUCGAGAAACAUCUUCCUCCAGAUGUAGAAAUCCUAUCUUGUCAUUCGCUCCAUGGGCCCCAGGUCAACCCGAAAGGACAACCUCUGGUCUUGAUUCAGCAUCGUGCUUCAGACGAGAGUUUGCGGUUCGUGGAAGAAGUACUCUCAUCGUUCGGUUCCAAAUAUGUUUACCUCACAGGCGAGAUGCAUGACCGGAUCACUGCAGAUACCCAAGCGGUUACACAUGCGGCCUUUUUAAGCAUGGGAACGGCUUGGCAAGCAAACAAUCAGUUCCCCUGGGAGAUGUCGCGCUGGGUUGGCGGAAUCGAAAACGUCAAGAUCAACAUCACAUUGCGCAUCUACUCUAACAAAUGGCAUGUCUAUGCUGGCCUCGCCAUCCUCAACCCGGCUGCAAAAGAACAGAUCCGCACCUAUGCCCAGUCCGUAACGGAGCUGUAUAAACUGAUGAUCGGUGGACAGCGAGAGGAGCUGAAACGUCGAGUCAAGGCGGCCGGGGCGGCUGUCUUCAAGGACGGUACUGAGAGUCAGGAAUUGCUCCUCAAGGAUGAAGUCCUCGAUCGCUUCUCCCUCUCGAACCGGCCUCGCGAGUAUCACACGCCGAACAACCACCUGAGUCUCCUUGCAAUUGUCGACUGUUGGUCGAAAUUGGGCAUUGUCCCUUAUGAUCAUAUGAUCUGCUCAACGCCUCUCUUCCGUUUGUGGUUGGGGGUCACUGAGUAUCUAUUCCGCAACCCUAAGCUCCUCGAUGAGGCAUUAGAUACCGCAAUUGACGACAAAACCUUUCGCUCAGACGAUCUGGAGUUCACAUUCGCUGCCAGGGCUUGGUCGGAUUGCGUUUCAUUUGGUGAUUUCGAAUCCUACCGUGAUCGCUUCGAGCGAAUCCAGCAGUACUUCGCGCCUCGUUUCCCUGACGCGGUCAAGCUUGGGAACGAGAUGAUGAAGACGAUCUUGGAGAAGACAGCGACGGGGACCCGAUAA